CUCAACUGGUAAAUUUCAAGCAGGCUGCUCAUCGCCGUUUUAUCCGACGGCCAUGCUCCAAAUUGUUGAUUUGCAAGCCGAUGGUCCAAAUCGUAGCCUAUGCGACAAGUGUACGCGGUGAAACUCGCCACUCGUAAAGCCACGCCACUCUCUGCGCCUCAGGCGUCCGCGCAGCUGAUCAACGAGUUCAUCAGCCCCCUCUUCUUCGCAAGCCGCGUCUUCGGCCUCGCAGCCGUGUUGUUCGACGAUCUCCCCAAGCAGCGGCUCCGCGCGUACAUACGGUGGAACUCACCACUUCCGGUGCCGCACGAGUGCGCUCGUGCGCCAAAGCCGCCUCGGGCGCAGAAGACAUGGAACGUGGAGGCAAUAACGGCGCUAACACCUACGCUGAUCGAUCUCACCAGGGUCCUCUUCUUCGCCGGCAUAGUCGUUCUCCUAUGGACCCUGGAUGUUGUCACCGCUGUGAUUACCGUUGUCGCUUCAGCUUUCCUGCAGGUCUUUCCUGCCGUCACUGUCCCACCUCUUAUCUUCCGUUGCAUUCCCUACGAGCUUUUGCCCGCGUGAGUUUCUAUCGGAGGUUGCGUUCCGGCAAAUUUGCCUUUGCAC